AUGGCUCUAAACAGAGAAGGAAUCUUUUCUCGCACAGCAGAGGACCAAGAGAAUGAUAUCAAAGAGAGGCUAGGCAACUUUGAAGAUCAAGCAUGGAAGCAGUGGCCGGCAAAGGCUCAGUUUGAAGGCCUUGAAGAGCAUCGUGGCCCAAUUCAACUGACAGUCAAAGGCUCCAUCCCUGCCUGGGCUGCUGGUUCCCUGUUCAGAACCGGGCCUGGCCUGGACAGAGUAGAAGACACAUCCAGAGGCACUCAUAUGAUCUCACAUUGGUUCGAUGGCAUCGCCCACAGCCAUCGAUUCGACAUCAUCCCGCCUGAAACAGCUGAAGGCAGCACCUCAGUUGUGUACACUUCUCGUCGUCAUGCGGAUGCUCUCGUCGCCGAGAUUAAAGAAAAGGGCUGGCAGACGAGCAUCUCAUUUGCUCAACGGGCUGAUCCCUGCGUGGGCAUCUUUGGAAAAGUCAUGACUGUCUUUGCCAGCGGCAACUCCAACAACAACGUUGCUGUCGUCCCGGACAUGCCUGGCGGUGACACUGUGAAAGGAGGAGAGUCGUCAAAAGACAAGGCGUUGUAUGUCCUUACCGACAGUGCCGGUCUCAGUAAACUCGAUCCCAAUACCCUUGAGCCCAUUGGAGAAGCCAGACAACAGUCACUUCAUCCGAGUUUAAAAGGCCCAAUCUCCUGCGCGCAUUCACAACGCGACCCCGAAACUGGAGACUUGUUCAAUUACAACUUGGACCUGGGUGGUCGAUUUCCAACGUACCGUGUCUUUCGCGUCAAUGCCAAAGAUGGGAGUGUCGACAUUCUUGCCACCAUCUCCGGCAAGGACUACCCAGCAGCAUACAUGCACAGCUUCUUCAUCACAGAGAACCAUGUAGUCCUUUGCGUCCAAUCAACGCAUUACGCAUGGUCUGGCUUGAAAAUCCUAUGGGAGAGGAAUAUUCUCGACGCCAUAAAGCCCUUUGACAAGACCGUUCCGUGUAAGUGGGCAGUGAUUGAUCGACGGCAGGGAAAGGGCGUAGUGGCUGAGUUUUCUACUCCGGCUGGCUUCUUCUUCCACUCGGUGAAUGCCUUUGAGGAGCAGGCCAAGGAUGAAAAGGGGAAUAGCCAUACGGAAGUCUGCAUGGAUGCCAUCUCGUAUCACAACGCGGAUAUCAUGCACGUGUUUUACUAUGACGUUCUCCUGGACCGAAACGAUGCGACGAAGAAGGCCAUGCUCGACAACCAGCUGUAUAAAUCAAUGCAGCAGCGCCUGUCGCGAUAUCGAUUCCGAAUCCCUUCAAACAAGCAAUCAAAAGAAGAAAAGGCAUCUGCCGCGGCCAAAGAAGUCUUGACCAUCCCAGGCCCUCACAUCGGCGAGCUGCCCACCAUCCACCCAGCCCGCAACGGCAAGCCCUAUCGAUUCGUCUACACCACCAACAACAGAGGCCUCUACAUCUUCGCCGACUCCCUCGCCAAGACAGACGUCACCACAAGCAACGUCCUGAUCUGGAGCGGACCCAGGGGCCAUUCGCCGGGAGAGCCCAUUUUCGUGCCUCGCCCGGGAGGCACGGAGGAAGACGACGGGGUGCUGCUGUCGGUGGUGGUGGACGGGACACUGGAGAGGUCGUAUCUGCUGUGUUUGGAUGCGAGGACGAUGGAGGAGCUGGGCAGGGCAGAGGCGGAUUUUGCGAUUCCGAUGGGGUUGCAUGGGGCGCAUCAGAGGGGACGUCUUUGACGAGAAGACUGUAUCCUACUAGUAUUUUUCAAUGUCUUCUUUUUUUUUAUUCCAAAUAAUAUUAGUACUUGUAGUCAAAUUGAGUACAUAUCGCCUGUAACAGUUGAAGCAAAAUGGGAUUAAUUCUUUACGUGUAAGUUGUCGUGAUGCAUCACCAUUGCUACAUGUACACCAUCACCACAAUAAUUCCACUCUGAAAAUUACAUUUUACGAGUCAUACCCUUUGCUUUCCAGCAAAUAUUAAACCAUCAGACAAUCAUGAAGAAAAGAGAGUUAUAUCUUCGGCAUGAUGCGGCAUUCGACGCCGCAAGUUGAUGCCACUCCCAAUAAUCUGGACAUUCGGGGAGUUCCCGGCAUCGGGGUCGGACAUCUCGGGGAACUCGCUGCGAGAUUUUUGCUAGAUUCUGCCUUCUCUCCCCGCCGGCAUUUUGCGCGUGGCGCGGCACGGCGAAUUGGGGGGCUGGCAGGAGCAGUAGCGCAUUAUCAAUUGCUCUGGGGCAUGCAGGCAGUUGACCGAAGGAUUGAGUCAACUCGGAUGAAGUUGUGACUAGAUGCACCUACGAGCAGAAGAUGAGUGAGAGAUGAGAGCAAUAAAAGUUAUCAAAUGUUUUUGAAGAGUUGUAUUUUUGUUGUUUCCGCUUAUUUUACAGCUAUUCGCCCUCGCGACCGUAGUUUCUCCUCAGCGGCUCAUUUCAAAGCCGGAGUGUGCCCUCGGUCUUUUCGUUCAAGCAGUGGACACGAUCCAGUCUUCAUCUCCGAGACCGUACAAACAAGCAAAUAAAAAAAAAAGGAAAGUAAAGCUGGAACUGCGUCCUGACAUCAGAAGCAUUUCAAUCUGCACCUUUCUCUUUUUCUCUCUCUUGGUCGGUUGACCCCCACGCCCAGUUUCAGUGAUUGUCUCGCUUCCCCAAAUCCCACCCCGAACCAUUGCUGGCAUUAAAAAAAAAAGAGAAUAUGCCCAAACGUAGACAUAAGAAAAUAUUCAUUGCGUUUUAAUUUUCCCCAUCUUCAGUCUUCACCGGUGGCAGGCGCACUCUAGGCCGCGAUAGCCUCGGCAGUGGGCAUUUUCAUGCUGGUGCCGCUCAGGUCGGUGGGUUUCCGUGAGGGGUUCUUGGUGUAGUAGUCGGAAAUCGCCGACUUGAUGGCAUCCUCAGCAAGCAUGGAG